AUGGAAAAUCAGAAUGUCCCCGAAUUUGUUUUCAUGGGACUGUGGGGAAAUAGCCAAAUAGAGCUACUGUUCUUUUUCUUUUUCCUGCUCUGCUGCCUGGCUGUCUUACUGGGGAACUUCACCAUCUUAGUCACGGUCACCUGCAGCCAUCUAAUCCAACAGCCAAUGUACCACUUUCUCUGCCACCUUUCCCUCAUGGACCCCUGCUACACCUCCACUGUGAUCCCCCGGCUGAUCAGAGACUUAGGGGCAACAGGAAAGGACAUUUCCUGUAACAACUGUAUGACCCAGCUCUUUAUAGCCCAUUCACUGGCUGCUGUGAUGUUCAUCUUGGUGUCCACGGCUUUCACUGCUGUCACCAUUGUCAGGCCCCUGCACUACAUGGUCAUCAUGAGCUGGCACAGGUGUGACAUGCUGAUCACCAUGGCCUGGGGCAUAGUUUGGCCCUCUGUUGCUCUGCUGCUUGUGGUACUCAGGUUACCUUUCCAUGGUUUUAAUCAAAUAGGCCACUACCUAUGUGAUGUGAAGCCUCUUUUGAAGCUAGUGUGCAAAGAUAUCUGUGCUGUUAAUACCUUAAUGAUUGCAAAUUCAGGGAUGGUGGUGGUUGUAGUUUUUCUUGUCCUAGUGGCUUCUUACAUAUUAUAUAAGCUCAGAACCCGCUUCUCUGCAGGGCCACACAAAGCUCUCCCAACCUGUAGCUCUCACGUAGUGGUUGUAGUCUUGUUCUUCAUGCCCUGUAUCUAUGUUUACGUACUACCUGCAGGGAGUGAGAACAAGGACAAGGAAACCUCAGUGACUACCCCCAUGCUGAAUCCCCUCAUCUGCACCCUCAGAAAUGUGGAGAUGAUACUUGCCAUGAUGAAGACAAGCAGAUCAGUGGACCAGACUAGGGAGUUCCAGAAACACACCUGCAUGUGUUGGUCAACUAAUCCUCAACAAAGGUCUGUAGGCAACUCCGUGGAGAAAAAGUUUUUGCAACAAAUACUAGUGAUGCACAUUCGUAUGUCCCACCACUACCACCACCACCAGCAGCAUCUUCAUCUAUAUAUCAAACCUUGUACAAAUUCUAUCAAAUGUGUCUGAGAACUAUAUGUGAAAUGUAAAGGUAUACAAGUUUAGAAUAAAACAUAGAUCUCUGUGACUCUGGAUUAGAAAACAAUUUUUUCAAAUACAGUACCAACAGUGUGAUCAUUAAAAUAAUGAUAAAAUGCAGUUCAUCAAAAUUAAAAGUUUUGUAGCAGAGCACGUAAUGUGACCAGGGGUGAAGUCAAGACCUGAGAAUGUCAAUGGAACAACAGCAUCUGUCUCUAAGAGGUGCCCUAG